AUGCCUCCCGACUGCAGUGGAUCCAGACCUGAUGUUCCCAGAGCCUCCCCCCACAAAGUCCAGAAGGACAUGGUCGUCCAGGCGUCAGGGGUGGCGGCCCUCCGUGAGCCUCACCUUGAGCAAACUGGUGGGAAUGUCACCACCAGCUCCAGAGUCCACAUCAUGGGUGUCGCCACCGGCUCCAGGGUCCACGUCUCCAGUGUUGCCUCCAGCUCCAGUGCUUCAGCGUCUGACACCAGCACCCUGGUCCUGCCCAGCUCUUCAGUGUCCGACGCCUCCACCCAGUCAGAGGAAGGCACCCAGCUAGAAGAAGACCCCCAUCCAGAGGACGGCACCCAGCCAGAGAAAGACCCCCAGUCAGAGGAAGGCACCCAGCUAGAGGAAGACCCCCAGUCAGAGGAAAGCACCCAGCUAGAAGAAGACCCGCAGUCAGAGGAAAACCCCCAUCCAGAGGAAGACCCCCAGCCAGAGGAAGGCCCCCAGCUAGAAGAAGACCCCCAUCCAGAGGAAGCCAGAGGAAGGCACCCAGCUAGAAGAAGACCCCCAGUCAGAGGAAGGCACCCAGCCAGAGAAAGACUCCAGUCAGAGGAAGGCCCCCAGGUAGAAGACUCCCAGUCAGAGGAAGGCACCCAGCUAGAAGAAGACCCCCAUCCAGAGGAAGACCUCCAGUCAGAGGAAGGCACCCAGCUAGAAGAAGACCCCCAGUCAGAGGAAGGCCCCCAGCCAGAGAAAGACCCCCAGUCAGAGGAAGGCCCCCAGGUAGAAGACCCCCAGUCAGAGGAAGGCUCCCAGCUAGAAGAAGACCCCAGUCAGAGGAAGGCCCCAGCCAGAGAAAGACCCCCAGUCAGAGAAAGACCCCCAGUCAGAGGAAGGCCCCCAGGUAGAAUACCCCCAGUCAGAGGAAGGCUCCCAGCUAGAAGAAGACCCCCAUCCAGAGGAAGACUCCCAGUCAGAGGAAGACCCCCAUCCAGAGGAAGACCCCCAGUCAGAGGAAGGCACCCAACUAGAAGAAGACCCCCAUCCAGAGGAAGACCCCCAGUCAGAGGAGGGCCCCUAGUCAGAGAAAGACCCCCAGUCAGAGGAAGGCCCCCAGCUAGAAGAAGACCCCAGCCAGAAGAAGAUCCCCAGUCAGAGGAAGACCCCGAGUCAGAGGAUGGCCCCCAGCUAGAAGAAGACCCCCAUCCAGAGGAAGACCUCCAGUCAGAGGAAGGCACCCAGCUAGAAGAAGACCCCCAGUCAGAGGAAGGCCCCCAGCCAGAGAAAGACCCCCAGUCAGAGGAAGGCCCCCAGGUAGAAGACCCCCAGUCAGAGGAAGGCUCCCAGCUAGAAGAAGACCCCAGUCAGAGGAAGGCCCCAGCCAGAGAAAGACCCCCAGUCAGAGAAAGACCCCCAGUCAGAGGAAGACCCCCAGUCAGAGGAAGGCCCCCAGGUAGAAGACCCCCAGUCAGAGGAAGGCUCCCAGCUAGAAGAAGACCCCCAUCCAGAGGAAGACUCCCAGUCAGAGGAAGACCCCCAUCCAGAGGAAGACCCCCAGUCAGAGGAAGGCACCCAACUAGAAGAAGACCCCCAUCCAGAGGAAGACCCCCAGUCAGAGGAGGGCCCCUAGUCAGAGAAAGACCCCCAGUCAGAGGAAGGCCCCCAGCUAGAAGAAGACCCCAGCCAGAAGAAGAUCCCCAGUCAGAGGAAGACCCCCAGUCAGAGGAUGGCCCCCAGCUAGAAGAAGACCCCCAUCCAGAGGAAGACCUCCAGUCAGAGGAAGGCACCCAGCUAGAAGAAGACCCCCAGUCAGAGGAAGGCCCCCAGCCAGAGAAAGACCCCCAGUCAGAGGAAGGCCCCCAGGUAGAAGAAGACCCCCAGUCAGAGGAAGGCACCCAGCUAGAAGAAGACUCCCAGUCAGAGGAAGACCCCCAUCCAGAGGAAGACCUCCAGUCAGAGGAAGGCACCCAACUAGAAGAAGACCCCCAUCCAGAGGAAGACCCCCAGUCAGAGGAAGGCCCCUAG